AUGGAAUCAGAGUUUGUAGUUUUGGCUGAAACAGGGAAAGAAGCAGAGUGGCUGAAGGACUUAUUAUAUAAAAUACCCUUAGACAUAAAGGAUAUUUCCUCCAUACCUAUUUUGUGUGAUAGUCAAGCUACUUUAGCUCGAGCAUAUAACGAAGUACAUAAUGAAAAGUCUAGACCUGUGAGUCCAAGACACGAAUAUGUAAAGAAAUUAAUCAAGCAUGGAGUAAUUUCUCUUAUAUUUAUUAAGUCAAGUGAAAACUUAGCUGAUCCAUUUACCAAACCUCUCACAAGAAAAUAUCCAUUUCCUCCAUUAAGUGAUAUUUGUUAUAAUCUUUUUGCCUACGUCUGGUUUAAUUUGCUGAUCUUUCUAACUUUUCCAGCACAUCCAUGGGUUCGGGAAGGAGGUGAAGCUUCCGAGAUUCCAUUAGACAUAUCCGUUCUGUACAACAUGCGGCAAUUUGUGACAUACAGUCGACUGAAACAGUUUGCUCUACGGGCGUUGGCUAGCACACUUGAUGAGGAGGAGCUGGCUGAUCUCCGAGAUCAGUUUGAUGCAAUUGAUGUGGAUAAAAAUGGCUCCAUUAGUCUUGAGGAAAUGAGACAGGCCCUUGCCAAAGAUCUUCCUUGGAAAAUGAAAGACUCGCGUGUUCUUGAAAUUCUUCAGGCGAUUGAUAGCAAUACGGAUGGGCUUGUGGAUUUCUCAGAGUUUGUUGCAGCCACCCUGCACGUUCAUCAGUUAGAGGAGCAUAAUUCGGAAAAGUGGCAGCAAAGGUCACAUGCUGCAUUUGAAAAAUUUGAUGUUGAUAGAGAUGGCUUUAUAACCACAGAGGAGCUUAAAAUGCAUACCGGCCUACGGGGUUCAAUGGACCUGCUUUUAGAAGAAGCAGACAUUGACAAAGAUGGGAAGAUAAGCUUAUCGGAAUUCCGGAGGCUUUUAAGAACUGCAAGCAUGAGUUCACGAAACGUGACUAGCUCAUCUGUAAAUCGAGGUUAAUGGAAAAUGUAGUUUUGAAUAUUGGUGUUGUCGGUCUGCGAUGAUAGUGAAUGUCAUGUCUGAGUUGCUUUCUCAAUGUGAAUCGCCUCUCAUCUGCUUGUCUGUAAUAUGACGUGCCAUGUACCUGUUGCUUUGGCUACUGGACAGGGUUUCGUUAUUGUACAUUUUCUUUGCUGUCAUCGGAAAGGCGAGACAGCAAUGAUAACGAUUUCAGACUUCCUGCUUAGUCUUUUCAUUACUAACGUAUUUUAGUCCAA